AGAAAAGCAAAAGUCAAAACAAAAGAAGGUCAACUGUGUAUCAUUCGCCCGCGAAUAGGCACGACGUACACACGAACUUUCUUUACUGUUCAAUCAAGAUUAACUUUUAAAUGCUUUAAAAAUAAUCUAUCGUAUUUUGUUUAUCUUUUGAAAAACAUUGAAUAUUCAAAAUGCGAGCUCGAAGCAAUUCAAUAGCAAUGUUAGAUUGGUAUCAUGCUUUGCUAUCAGAAACAAUCUUGGACUGUCAGGAUCCAGUUUCUGGUUUACUUCCACCUUCUGGGGGUUUGAGGAAGUUUGGGUCACAUGAUUAUCCUGGAGAUGCAUGGGUCCGAGAUAAUGUUUACGGUAGUUUGAGUAUGUGGGGCUUGGCUCUAGCUUAUAGCAAGAGUGCAGAUUAUGAUGAUGAAAAAGCAAAAGCAUUUGAGUUAAAACAAAGUGUAGUGAAGCUGAUGAGAGGUUUAUUAAUGAGUAUGAUGCAACAGGUUCAAAAGGUUGAAAAAUUUAAGAAAACACAAUCAAAAGAUGAUGCUCUUCAUGCAAAGUAUAAUUACAGAACUGGUGAAACAGUUGUCAGUGACUAUGAUUGGGGACACUUACAAAUUGAUGCAACAUCACUUUAUCUGCUUGUCUUGGCUCAAAUGACAGCAUCAGGUUUACAGAUAAUCUUUACACUUGACGAGGUUUCAUUCAUUCAAAAUUUGGUAUUUUAUAUUGAAGAAGCUUAUCGCACCCCAGAUUAUGGCAUAUGGGAAAGAGGAGACAAACUGAAUCAUGGCCAACCAGAGCUUAAUGCUAGUUCGAUUGGAAUGGCAAAGGCUGCAUUAGAAGCAUUGGAUGGUCUAGACUUAUUUGGGUCACGUGGUAGUCUUCAGUCUGUUAUUCAUGUUCUUCCUGAUGAAAUCCAAAGAUGCAAGGCAAUUCUUCAAUCAAUGUUGCCGCGCGAAUCUAGCUCCAAGGAAAUUGCAGCAUCUGUGCUGAGUGUAAUCAGUUUUCCUGCUUUUGCUGUUGAAGAUGCUGAACUGGUUAAUUUAACAAGAUCCAUUAUCAUUGAUAAACUGCAGGGUAUGUAUGGAUGUAGACGAUUCUUAAGGGAUGGAUAUAUGACAUCGUUGGAGAAUCCAAGUCGUCUGCAUUAUGAACCAGCUGAAUUGAAGAUAUUUGAAAAUGUUGAAUGUGAAUGGCCAAUGUUUUUUGCUUAUCUUAUUCUUGACGGAGUUUACAGCAAUAACGAAGAGCAGGUUCAAAAAUAUCAAAAGAUGUUGGAUAAUGUUUUGAUUUCGAACAAUAACGUAAAUCUUGUGCCGGAGCUGUAUUAUGUACCUUAUGAUAAGGUGGAACUUGAAAAAAUCAACAUGCAUAGUCAGAUUCGUGUUGCAGGUGGUAAACUUCCUCAUAUAUGGUCGCAGUCUCUUUACAUUGUUUCUGGUCUUUUAGCGCAGGGAUUUCUCGAACCAGGUGAAUUAGAUCCCUUAAACCGACGACAUGCGACUACACCUGGAGCGGACAUUUGUGUUCAAGUUGUUAUACUUGCUGAAAACAAUGCUAUAAACGAAGCUUUAGAAGGCGCUGGUAUUCCAUCGCAAACAAAACAUUCUGUGAGAAACAUCAAAGUUUUACCUGCUCAUUGUCUGAGUCAUGCUUACGAAGAGCUUGGGAAAAAUAAAACUCUUGGUCUUUCUGGAAGACCUUUUCACGAUAUUGGAGCACUUGGAACAGCUUCUCUUUAUCGUGUUGGCAGUGAAAUAUUUGCGUUCACACCUCAGGCAAUUGAUACUCAUCAGUUCUAUUUAUGUUUGGAUAAUGAACUGUUGGUGAAUAUUAUAACGACAUUGCUGGAAUAUCUCAAAAUCAACUGGACAUUAAUGGGACGGCCAACGUUGACGCUUGUUGUAAACCAAGCAAUGUUUGAACCUGAUGAUUUUUUCUCAUCUACUAUUGGUAAAUUAUUAUUGAAGAUAAAGACUGGUUACUGCGCUGGUGUAAGGGUGACUAUGGGUCAUUUGUCAAGUUUCUACAGCACAUCUUGUAUUCGAAACUUAACAUUUUUAGCGGGAAAUCAAGAAUUUUUAAAGAAAUGGCGACCUAAGAAAUCCCGUCGUGAGCUUCUUCGCUCUCCGUCGUCAGUGGGGAACAAUGGCAUGAGGCGUCCUUCAGUUUUACAAGGGAUUGUUCGCCGUAGUUGGAGUGUUUCUGCUUAUUAUAAACAAGAUUUAUCAAUGAGUCGUUCAUCUAGUCGUGAUGAUUCUCAGAGUGAAAUUGAUUUUGAACACCCUGAAUACACUGGAAGUGCUAGUGACGAACCUUUCUCAACGACCAAAAUGGCUCAUACAGUGUCAGUGGAUGACAUCAUCAAACAACUUGAGGAAACUGAAAGUCUUCAUUCGCAAGCUGAUUUUCUUCAUUAUCUUCAUAUGACUGUAGGAGCAGAUUUUGAUACGAAACUUGGCGGCUCACAUGGAUCAACUGUGAAGAAACUUUUGGAAGAACUUUAUGAAAAGGCGUGUGAGAAGAGGCACUGGUCUCUAGUACGUCAUACAGCUGGACUACUGCAGAAAAGAGUAGAGGAUUUAGCUGAAAAUGUCACUGAUCUUCUUGUCCGAGAAAAACAAAUCACCGUUGGAUUGCCUAAAAUAACGACGGAAAGGGUCAUUGACAGACCUUUACCACCAGACGAACUUCAGACGAUUAUUUAUAACAUUAGUGCUGAAGAUAGUUGUAAUGCAGUUCUUACUCAAGAAUUGUUGGUUUAUCUUGCAAUGUUCAUACGAACUGAGCCUCAGUUAUUUAAAGAAAUGUUAAGAAUUCGGGUUGGUCUCAUAACGGAGGUGAUUGCUUCCGAAAUGGCUCGGCUAAUGGAAGGAGACGAGUUUGAACACGAGGGAAUUCCUGAACUUUUUAUGAAUUUAAGUCCAUUCGAGAUGAAAACACUACUUUAUCAUAUUCUAAGUGGCAAGGAAUUUAACGUGUCCAGAACGACUGAGAGACAAAUUUCAUUCAUGAAUAUUGAUUUGCCGAAAAGAGUUGGAAUAAAGAAUUUAAAGAAGACAAUUAAGAGUAUGCAUAGUAGUAAUACAGCAGAUCUUCUAAAUAUGAAUGAAGAAAAAAUGGAAUCAUAGCUUAGGUCGACUUGGUGUUUGGAUAAGAAGAAGACGUGUAGACGGCGCAUUGAACAGAAUACCUGUGGAUUUUUAUCCUAAACUUUGGAAAAUAUUUGAAAAGUGUUGUGGUUUGUCCAUUGAAGGUCAUUUUUUGCCCAAUACUAUCAUUCAAGAGAUGACUCCGGGAGAGAUGAAAUUUGCUUUGCGCGUGGAAAGUGCAUUAAACUGUAUUCCACAACCUGAAUACCGACAAUUGAUGGUUGAAGCUUUAAUGAUUCUUUCACUUAUUGUGGAGUCCUAUCCUGAACAGAAUCUUGGCGAGAUUGUAGCCGUUGAUGAGAUUGUUAGAGAAGGACAUAUUUUAUUUCUUCGCGAUCAGG